UCUCGGCAAGGCAGGCGGGAGGGGGGAGGAAGGAGGGGGGGGAGGGAGGGAGGGAGGGAGGGAAAGAGGGAGAGGGAGGGAGAGGAAGGGAUGGCUACAGGUUUGUCACUGAAAUCGCACAGAUUUUCGGACCACAAGGUUCUUCAUGUUGACGUGCACCCAACGCAGCCGUGGGUCGUCUUCGCCGAUUCGAGCGAAGAGGUCGUCGUCUGGGAUUGGGAACAUCGCCAGGUGCUCUAUAAUUUGAAUGCAGCUGGUGUGGAUGAGAAGCGACUUAUCGAUGCUCAGCUCCAGAGGCUGGCUGAAGGCGAUGGAGAUCUCAAAGGUCGCGUUGCCAUAACGGAGAACCUCCGAGGUGGCAGUGUAAAGCAAGUUAAAUUCUAUGAUGAUGACAUUCGGUACUGGAAGUCAUGGAUCGCUCGAACUGCAACAGCAGAAGCACCGUCUGCCUCACCUGGGCCCCCGAUUGGAGGUGGCCCACCUGCCAUUCGAGGUCGGCGAUCCCUGGUGAUUUGCUGUGAAAGCAAGGCCAUUUUUCUCGAUCUAGUGUCCAUGCGUGCUCGGGACGUUCCCAAGGCACUUCUUGAUAACAAGACUCCUAACUGCGUAGAGUUCCUUCCCCGGGCUGUUGGAGGUGAUGGCCCAUAUGUUGUCUUUGGGUGUCCGGAUGGUAUCAUCCGCGUUCUUUCCAUGGCAACGCGGCAGCCAGUAAAGCGGUUUGUCGGUGGUCAUAAAGGAGCGGUGUCCUGCCUGUUGACAUUCUUUUCUGUUCAAGGAGAGGCGAUGCUCGCAUCAGGUGGAACUGAUGGGAUUGUUGCAUUGUGGAAUGCCGACAGUCAAUCAAGGGAGCUGCCGGCCCGGAACACCAUAAAGGCACAUGAUGGAGGAGUGCACAGUGUUGCCUUGGCAAGGGUUCAAGGAAGUGCGCCGCUUCUCAUAACAACUGGAGCAGAUCGAGCAGUUGGCCUUUGGUCUUCAUCUGGACUGAAGGAGCACAGACGGAUCAAGCCUAUUGCUAAGAUGCUCUGCUACAGUGCAACUGCUUGGUGUCAUCCACGACUGCCGACUUUUGAGGUCCUCACUGUCAUCAAGGAUAAUCAUAUCUGGGCGAUUGAGAACUUAUUGCGGGGUGGGAAUGUGGCCCCCCGACCUCUUGGCGAUCUGCAGUCCCUAAUCCCACCGGGAUCGCUGUCAACGACCCAGUCUGCCAGAAAAUUGAAGGUUUAUUGCAUCGAGGUUCAUCCACUUCAGCCGCACAUUUUGGUGGCUGCGACUAGCCAUGGAGUGAUGGUCUGUGAGUUUGAGCCUAGAUGUGUGCCGCCAGCUGUCCCAUUGCCGCCGUUAGCACCUGGAAGCAAGGAGCACAUGGUGGUGUUCGCAAUGAAUAGGGAGUUGUGUACUCUGUCAUUUCAGCUCGCUCCGAGCACAACACCCACACUGGAGAGGAUUCCAACCAUGUCUAUGUCAAUGGAGCUUGGCGGUGCCGCUCGACCGAGAUCGGAAGCCGAUCUCAUGCAACCGCAGGUUCGACAGACUCGAAAUAGACGUGUCACUGUGACCCAUGACUCCUAUGCAGUGUUGGCUGCCAGUAAGUCAGGAAGGUAUGUGUCUGUGACAUGGCCAGAUGGGCCUUCAUAUGCAGUGUACCGAACAAGUGAUUGGUCAAUUGUAGACACGGGAGCGGCACGGCUUUUUGCAUGGGAUACAUGUGCAGAUAGGUUUGCAAUGCUGGCAAUUCCACCAUCCCCUGCUGCUCCCAAGGUGAAGGGAGGAUCGUCACGGAAAGCAAAGGAAGCAGCUGCUGUGCAGGCCCAGGCAGUGCAGGCUGCUGCACAGGCAAUGGCAGCAGCAACGGUUGAGAUCAAGCAGAUCUCUGAUACUGGGGUUCUUUCAACUGUUUGCAAGGCCCUUGAGGGGCGUAAGGAACAGGUGAUAGAUCUGCAAGGAGGAGCAAUGCUUGGAGUGGCAUACCGGAUGGGCAAGACGAAAACUUCUGUUUCAAUGCCUGCAACUGUUCCAACGGGCGGCCCCGGUUUGGUCGUGGGUGCAGCGGGGGGAAGCUCGGCCGAUGCUACAAAAGCGGAAUUGGCAAUUAAUUUCCAGCUGUUCAGCUGGGAAACACAUAAGCCAGUUCAUGGGCUUAUGCCCCAGCCGGAAUGGACCGCCUGGGAUCAAACAGUGGAGUAUUGCGCACUUGCUUACACGAAAUUCGUAACAAUUUGCGCAUUGCGUCCGUUGUUUCGGUUUCUAGGAAGCGUUGCUAUCGCUGGUGCAACGGGCGGCAUUUGGCAUCACCGGCAGCUGUUUCUUGAGACACCAACAACAAUUGAAUGUGUAUUUUGCGAUGCCGGGGUGGAUGAAGCAGAACAAGAGGCCAAACGGACCAAAGCUGCAGCAGCGGCAGCCGCAAAAGCAGCUGAAGAGGCAGGGGAGCUUGCAGUCCUAACUCUUGGCGUACCGGAGCAGGCCGUGAUGCGAAUGGACAAAUUGAAGGAUCGCCCACCAAUGUUGCAGGUUGUUCGCUUGGCAUCCUUUCAAACGCAACCAUCAGUCCCGUUGAUGUCGGGCCUACAGAAAUUGAAAAAUGAUGGAGAUUCUGGACCGGUUGUGCAUAAGCCUGAAGAACCAGAGAAAGCAGGAGGUGGUGUGGCCGUCGCAGGUGGAGGUGUCUCUGUGGCAUCGUCCAGGCUUCCUGCAGAGCAGCGAAGGCCUAUCGGACCCCUUAUUGUUGUAGGGGUCCGGGAUGCAGUUCUCUGGCUUGUUGACAGAUACAUGACAGCUCAUGCCAUUGCCUUGAGCCAUCCAGGGAUUCGAUGCCGUUGUCUUGCUGCAUAUGGCGACGCAGUUAGCGCGGUGAAAUGGGCUUCUCGACUCGGAAGAGAGCAUCAUGAUGACCUGGCACAUUUCAUGGUAGGCAUGGGAUAUAUCCGAGAGGCUUUGCAUUUGCCCGGGCUCUCGAGAAGGCUUGAGUUCGACUUGGCAAUCCAGUGUGGAGAAUUGCCGCGCGCGCUUCAUUGCUUGCUCAGCAUGAGUGGGACGAAAAACUUUGCAGCUGCCGAAGCAGAAUCAGUAGAAAGCCUUGGGGUCUUGGCACUCGGAACGCAGCAAAGCUCAACGGCACAAUCAGUGGCUGGAGUCACACGUUUCGCUCAGGAUUUCCUUGAGCUAAUCGAUGCUGCAGAUGCUACCGGGCAGCGGGAUAUUGCUAUGGCCGCCUUGAAGCGCCUAGCAGCUGCAGGCCUUGUGGAAGGUGCACUGAAACCAAGCCAGCAGAGGAGCCUUGCAUUGCAGCUUGCGGCGCAUGGGGAGAUGUCCAGACUUGCGGCUUUGGCCAAUGCACUCGUAGCGGCAGGUCAAGGACGGGAGGCUGCCGUCGCAGCCGCCUUUCUCAAUGACCAGAACUUACUGGAGCGAGUCUGGGAGGAGACUGCAAUGUUUCCGGAGGCAGCUCUGCAUGCUAAGCAAUAUGGUCGUCCUUCAUUGCCGUUGCUUGUCCAGAAAUGGAACCGAAUGCUGGUGAGGCAGGCACUCGCAACUGCAACAGCACGGGUCCCGCAGCCAGUUGGGUCCUUACCGCCAUCACAACAGGCGACUCCAAGAGCAACGCCAAGAUCAAGUUCCUUUGGCCCUUCAUUGGUCGCUGCAUUGACAAGUCCACGCACACCUUUUGGUCAAGGUGGAUUAGCAGCAGCAACAGGCCUUCCGAUUGUCGAGGUUGUCCCGCCCUUGUAGAUAGGAGAGAGGUAGGUCAGGGAUGCUGCCCGACAGCAUGUUUCCUACUGAAUGCCGAGUAAGGUUGCCUCUUCUCUUCUCUCUCUCUCUCUCUCUCUCUCUCUCUCUCUCUCUCUCUCUCUCUCUCUCUCUCUCUCUCGCGCGCGCGCGCGCGCGCGCGCGCAUCGUGCAGGCCAGCACUUUGGCGCCUUGUUCCUGAGUGUUUGUGGAAGUGGCUUUUUUCUGACUGCCCUGUGCAAUGCUGCUGUUGCAAUUCUUCCUGUUUUCCACGGGGGACUUGUUUCCCACAGUGGGAUGCCACGGUGGGACGGUCCCAAUGGAGAGAUUCACAGGGUUUUCGGAACAAGCAGCUCUCGGAUUGCUGUUCUAAGACAGGCAGCACCUCCUCGUUGCACCAGACGGUCCAGUUUCCAAGGUUGCUCCUUAUGGCAUGCAUCUGCUAAAAAUAAAACUUGCCAGGAGGUCUGCUAACUCUCUGUUCCACGCAUUAGAUGUCCCUGUUCCCGGGGCACGGGCUGUCUCUUGUUCUGGGUCCGUUUCCGGCAUGACUUAUCUUUAUUUGAGGCAUUGAAUUGUCCCUUGCUCUAGGUAUGUUCCAGGCAUUCAUUUCUCUGUUGCAAGCAUGCAGGCUGUCCCUUGUUCCAGGUCCGUUCCAGGUCUGUUACAGCUCUGUUCCAGGCUUGAUGCAUGCUGGCUGUCCCUUGUUCCAGGUAUGGGUGGUCUCUAUUACAGGUGGUAUAGGUGACCUCUACCUGUGUGACAGAGAUUUUUAAUAGAGCUAUGGGAUGAGGUAUUUUGAAUCUCCCAAUGCUGUGAUUGGUUGAGGAUUAACAACUUGGCUUGUUGGUUCAGACCGAAGUUACCGAACAGAUAUUGGGGAAGAGGAGGGUAUCUGGGGCAGGUGUGUGAAUUGUUCUGAUCAUGGCCAGCCAUCUCACCAGGUAUUAGUAACUUGUGUGCAGCAAGGUUUGCGACUAUGAUGGUGAUCAUGAGGAGGAGGAGGAGGAGGAGGAGGAGGAGGGGGGAGGAGGGAGGAGGAAAACUGUUCUUAUGCAUCCUGCUUGUCCUUAAUGCUUGCUUAGUUUUCCAAGUAUGGAUCUGUGUAGGGUUUGUAGGCUGUAAAGACAACUGGCCAGGUUCUCCAGCUGUGGUCAACCAAGCCCAUCAGCGAGA